GAGAUCUCAGAAUAUCACAAAAAACUAGGGAGAGGGCGGCGUGUUGUACAGAACUACGCAUGCGCGCGCCCGUGCGUCUGCAGGUGUUCUGUAGCUAACAAGCGGGCUUGUGGCGCAUGCGCAUUGCUAGAGGUGUCCUCCGUGUUCGUAUCCUUCAGUGUCAUUCUUAUGCACCCUCGAUUUACGGUAAUUCGGUGUACGUUUUUCGCUAUAGCGGGUCUUUUGAUUACAAAAUUUCGAUUUACGGACCGAUUUCUCCGACAUAACGUUUUCCAGGCAAAUAUAUUGGCUUGUAUAAAACACUACCUGCAGUUAUUUUUCAACAUUACGGUUUCUCUCUAUGCUACGAUCGCAUUGUCUCGUCAGGUUUCGUUGUGCUUUCUAAUUCAGCCUUUGUUUUGACUGCGAAGUGUUUCGUGUGUCUUACAUUUAUAUUUUUGAUAACAGUUUGAAUGCUUUGAUAAACAUGAACCUUCCAAAAGUAAAGAUAGUGUUGGAAACGGAGGCGAAGAGAGCGCGAAAAGCGCUCACAAUUGAACAAAAGAUUGAGGUGAUAAAGAGGAUUGAGAACGGUGAGAAAAUUAAAAGUAUCUGUCUGUCUUUAAGUCUGGCUCAAUCUACUGUGCACACAAUUUUUGCAAACCGUGAGAAAAUAAGGAAAAGCUAUGAGUCAAAUGUAGGAGGUGCCAAAAUGCAUCGUGUCACAAGCCGUCAUGAGGUAUUUGAGAAAUUGGAGAAACAUUUAGUAGAGUGGAUGGGGACUCAGGCCAAUCAAGGCAUUCCUUUGUCUACGAUGCUGAUCCAGCAGAAGGCCGUGUCGUUGUUCGAGGACCUGAGGAAGAAGGCAGUGGAGAAAGGAGACAGCGAUGCGAAGGAUUUGUCAUUCAAGGCAAGUCAUGGCUGGUUCGAGAGAUUUAAGAACCGUUCAAUGUUGAGGACCAUAAUCACGGGAGAAGCAGCAUCUGCUGAUCAUGGGGUUGCAGCAGUUUUCCCAGCUCAACUGCAGAAGAUAAUCAACGAAGGAGGUUACACUGCGAAACAGAUCUUUAACGUAGACGAAAUGGGACUGUUUUGGAAACGCAUGCCUUCCUCUACCUUCAUCUCCCAGGAUGAAAAGAAUGUCCCAGGGCACAAAGCUUCGAAAGACAAGCUUACCCUGCUUCUAGGAGGCAAUUGUGCAGGUGAUGUAAAGUUAAAACCACUUCUGGUGUAUCAUUCUGAAAACCCCCCUGCCUUGAUAGGAAUGGUGAAGAGUUCGUUGCCUGUUAUAUGGAGGUCGAACCGUAAAGCCUGGGUCACACAGGAAGUCUUUGCAGACUACGUCCAGACUUACUUGUCACCCUUUAUAAAAAAGUACACUGCUGAAAGCAGUUUGGCAAACAAGGCCCUAUUAAUAAUUGACAGUGCUCCCGGUCAUCCAUCCAGCAUUGUUGACCACGGAGAUAAUAUUCAAGUGGUUUUUCUCCCCCCUAAAACAACACAUCUGUUGCAACCCAUGGACCAGGGUGUCACUGCAACAUUCAGGGCUUAUUACUCGCAGUCAUUGAUGCAGUACCUGCUGGAUGGUGUAAAUGCUAAUGAAUCAUUUUCAUUGAAACAGCUUUGGAAAGACUUCAGCAUUAAAAAGGCUUUGGUAUUCAUUGACCAUGCUUGGCAAAAAGUGUCACCCCAAACAAUGAACGUUGUCUGGAAUAAACUGUGCCCUCAAUUUGUCACAUUUGAAGUUUCCGGAUUCGAAGAGGUGAUCGACGCAAAAGCUAAGAUUUUGGCUCUUGCGAUGGAGGUGGGAUUUAAGGAGGUUGAUGAAGCAGGUGUGGAGGGCUUUUUGCAAUCACAUGGAGAGGAGCUCACGACAGAUGAACUCGUCCAGCUCGACAGGCAUCGGCUCACAGAAGAAGAAGAAGAUGAAAGAGAAGAAGCAAGGAAUACCCUCGACACAGAUCAGCUGAGAAUAGUUAUGGACCAUGCAGACAAAAUGACCGACAUCAUUAGUAAAUAUGAUCAUGACAUGAUGCGGAGCAUAGCAUUCAAAAAUGCAAUCAACUCAGCCUUGGCACCCUUUAAGGAUCUGUAUGAACGGAAACUACAGGAGCACAAGCAAAGUUCCAUCUUGAGUUGCUUUUGUCCCAUGGAGUCUUCCACUUCUCCAAAGGACUCGCCACAACCGUCCACAUCAGGAACUUGUUCUGGAGACAUAAUCAUCAAGAAAAGAAAGUUGUCCUUCAGCAUCUCUGACUCUGGCUUUGAAUUCCCACCUCAAAGUCCUUCCUCACCUGACUCUCCUGUGUCCCCACAAGAAUGAAGACUCGACUUUUUCUUUGCCCAUCCACAAGCUCCCCACAAGUUUCCCCUUUGGAUCAAGCCAAGCUUCUCCCAGAGGAGCAUUUGCUAUAAUUGUCUGACGUCACAGACACGUGCUAUGUGACGCAAAGAGGGUUGUGAGAAAGUUUUCCCAACAAAGAGCGCCUCCAUCAUUUCACUGUCACUUACGGUAAUAAAAUGGAGAAGCAGGGAGUUUGUCGCUUUGCUGGUGCCGUUUUCACUUGUGCAAUAAGCCCUACUCUUCAUCCAUGAAUUUGCAAGGCCUUUAAUUCUCUGCAAGUGUUCCUUGGUUUGGCUUGCAGGGCUGUUAGGGGAUUGUCUUCAUGGUUGGCUGUGUUCCUGGGUCUAACCCCUAGGGUUGCAGUAGGAUUAUCCCACUCGUUUGGCAGCAUUCGUCCGAUUGGCCCUUUGUGGUUUUCGAGGGAUUUUCUCCACGGCUGGCAGUAUGUGAAGCAUGCCGGCCGCUGAAGAGCCACUCCCCUCUAUCCACCGUCCGUUUCCUAACACUCUGACCUAAAUAAACACCUCCGUGUUUGCGGUGUUCCUGGCUGUGGGCUGUGCUGACACUGUAGGCCAUAGCUUGUGGCACCGCACGCUGUCUCCGGGUCUUCGGGUACCUGACAGGCACCUCUACGCACCUCUGGCCAGAAAGCUCCCCUGAGCCAAGCAGAAAUUAAGUCAGUGGACACCUGGGACUUCAUUUAUAUUCAGAAGGUAAAGCUCACAGCGGCUCCUGCUCCUGCAGGAAAUUAUUCUCCAUGAAAGGCUGAGCCAUCUGAUGAAGAGCAUACAGGGCCAGUGAGAUAACUGAACACGCACCAGUGCAUCAUAGCCAUGCAGUAUUGUAGAUGACCACUAAGCAUACAGGCCCCAGUGCAUUGUAACAACAUAUGUGAAUUAACGACGCAAAUAUAGCUACAUUAGAAUCUAUCAUGCAAGCGAUACAUUAUAACCAUGCAGAAAUCAUUUCAUGCUAACCUUACAGACACAAAUGCAUUAUAAAAAUAUAGACUGUCAUGAAUCCUAGCGGCCUUCCUGCUAAUACUUUGUAACGAUGGCAACCAGAAUUGGUCUAAUGGUUUGAAAUCAGAGAUUAAAUAGUGAAGCAGGCCUAAUAUGAAGAAUUCAGAGAAAGUGGAUUGGUACCCAGAAAGCCUCCGUUGAAGUUUCUUGUCAUAAUAGAAGAGAAACAUCUGAAAUUGAAAAAUGGAUUGUCUCAGGCCAGAAUGAAUGCCUGGUCUUCAAAUGAGGUUUCAGUUUGUUAAGACAGUUGUUGACAUUGACUUUAUGCAUCACAUCGUUUAGUAGAUACUCACAAUGUCUAUGAAUAUUCAGAUUUAGGAACAACAUGAACAAAACAGUGAAAUGGCAGAUGGAAGAGAGCUGUGAAUAAAAAUGCAGAAGUACCCAGUGAUCUUACAUUCACUAUAUUUUCUCCAGUCUGUGCCUGGUAUUUGAAGACGCAGCCAGAGUUAGGACUCAAGAAACGCUUGCAUUCAAAGACAGAGAUCAAGGAGGACGUUUAUGUGGAGGACACUCAUUUGUUACCCCUGUUAAACCAUGGAUUACCGUCUUUCAUCAUCCAUAAAUCAAACACCCGGUGCGUCUGCCCAAGUACAACCACUACUGACAUGGAGGCAGAAUGUUACUUUGAUCCACGGGCCAGGUUCAGGUGGGACCACAAUACCCAGCAGGCUGGUCAUUUUGAGGUACAUAUAAAAGCUGAUUCACACAGUUCGAAAAUCUGGAGAAUAACCAUCAAGAAAAACAUA